CAAGCGUGAUAAAAGACCGAAAUGAGUGACUGUCACUCUCAAUACGUCACACUUGACAGCCCUGUAUUUGUUUUUUUAUUUAUUUUUAUUUUAUUUUCGAAUUGAAAAGAAACGGACGUGACGUCACGCACCACAACAAGGAAGUGGCGUUUGUAAACUUUCUAAUUAAUCCGACGUUACUUGCGUAAGGUUUCUAGAAAUGGAUUUCACGAAAUAAUAUAUCCAUUAAAUACAUAAAUAUAUAGACUUUAAGGGAGAAAUCUACAUCUGCAGUAUUUGGAUGUUAGGCUUGGGCAGAAUGGAGGAGAGAAAGAUGAAACGAAAAAGUCCAAGACCUUCAACCAACCAGGUUGCGCCUCCAAUCGCUGUCCGAAAGAACCUCAACCCCAGCAGGACUUUAGGGUUCACUGGCACUGGCACCGGCACCGGCACUGGCACUGGCACUGGCACACGUUCACAACAGAAGACUAAAUUACGCAGAGGUGUGAAAGAUAAGCCAAUGCUACAGAGUCAGUUGAGUAACCAGGCUGGAUCUAAACAGCAUUCGUUCCUCACAGACGUGUCAGAUGUGCAGGAGAUGGAGAAAGGUUUGCUUAGCCUCCUCAAUGACUUCCACUCUGGAAAACUUCAGGCCUUUGGUAAUGAAUGUUCUAUUGAUCAAAUGGAGCAUGUUCGAGAGAUGCAGGAGAAACUGGCUCGAUUGCACUUUGACCUGAAUGCAGAAGUGGAUGACAUGCCUGUGGACCAGCGCAAGCUUGCCUGUGAUACCAAUAUGGACAAACUUCUACUAAAUCUGCUCUUACAGACUUUUGAAAAUUCCUCAACCAUGAAUCUCCAGACAAAAGUUAAACCUGGCUGAUAACCAAGAAACCCCAAAAUCAUCCUCCAACAUAUGAAAUGUUGUGGUCCUGCUGGCCAUCGCAGAGCUGUUCCAACAUCUGUUACAGAGAAACAGCAUAUCAAACAGUAUUGUUGCAUUUCAUGAACUGUCUUAAAUGCCACAUAACCCCAUAUUUUAUUACAUUUUUCAACUAAUGUCUUACCUAUAUGACUUUAUGACCAGUCUAUUUCUGUUUUUUCAUAAAUCAGAAUGUUGGAUCUUAAAUAUUGCCUUAUAGCUGUGCAAUACGAGAACAUUUGCAAUAUGCAUAUCGCUAUUCACUUUAUUUAAUAUUAUAUACUUUAUAUAAUAUUAUACUAUAUUUCUAAUUUUUUUAUUUUUUUUUCAUAAAGAUUUUAAAUAUUUUAAUUGAACACUGUGUUUUGACAUUGUUAACAGAAAGGCAAGAGUCUGGGAGCUCUGUUGUUUUUAGUAAAGCCAAGGAGUAUUCGCCUUAAUGCAAUGUUUGAGAGUAUGCAGAGGAACAGGUUGUGUGACUCGGACCGCUUGGUAAAAUAAUUUUUAAAUAUAACACAGUCUAUUCUACAAAUGUAUUUUAUUUAAAAGUGGAGUGGUCUUCAUUUCUAAUAUAAUCGGUUGAAUUCUGGUGGUUUGUAUAUUGGUUUUCUUGAUGUCAUCAAUAAAGUUUAGUUACUUCUAACUAA